GGAGAUCGAGGUAGCUUUGGAGCGGAGGGCUGACCGGUCACCCGCUCCGGGCGCGAUGAGCCCUGGAGAGGAGCGGCCUGCGGAGGGGGGCGCCUGCGGCGGCGCCUCGGAGUUGGAGCUGCUGAAGCUGCGCGCCGCGGAGCGCAUCGACGAGGCGGCGGAGCGCCUGGGCGCCCUGAGCCGCGCCAUCUGGAGCGAGCCCGAGCUGGCCUACGAGGAGCACCGAGCCCACGGCGUGCUGACGCGCUUCUUCCAGCGCGAGCCGCCGGCCGCCUCUUGGACGGUGCAGCCGCACUACCAGCUGGCCACGGCCUUCCGCGCCGAGUGGGAGCCGCCGGGGGGCGCGUCGGCCGCCAGCCCGCUGCAGCUGGGCUUUCUCUGCGAGUACGACGCGCUCCCCGGCAUCGGGCACGCCUGCGGCCACAACCUCAUCGCCGAGGUCGGCGCGGCGGCCGCGCUGGGCGUGAAGGGGGCUCUGGAGACCCUCCCCGGGCCGCCUCCGCCGGUGAAGGUAAUUGUCCUGGGAACCCCUGCAGAAGAAGAAGGUGGUGGCAAAAUUGAUUUAAUUGAAGCCGGGGCUUUUAAAAACCUUGAUGUUGUUUUUAUGGCCCAUCCAUCCCAAGAGAAUGCUGCUUAUCUCCCUGAUGUGGCUGAACAUGAUGUGACUGUGAAAUACUAUGGAAAAGCAUCUCACGCUGCUGCGUAUCCCUGGGAGGGAGUGAACGCACUAGAUGCUGCUGUUCUUGCCUACAACAACCUGUCUGUGUUACGACAGCAAAUGAAACCAACCUGGAGAGUUCAUGGUAUAAUAAAACAUGGUGGUGUAAAACCCAAUAUCAUUCCCUCUUAUUCUGAAUUAAUCUAUUACUUCCGUGCACCCUCAAUGAAAGAGCUUCCAGUUUUGACCAAAAAGGCAGAAGAUUGCUUCAGAGCUGCAGCUUGGGCUACUGGGUGCACAGUAGAAAUUAAAGGUGGAGCACAUGAUUAUUACAAUGUCCUUCCCAAUAAGAGCCUAUGGAAAGCUUAUAUUGAAAACGGGGAAAAGCUGGGAAUAGAAUUCAUUUCAGAAGAUGAUGCAGUUUUGAACGUACCUUCAGGAUCUACUGAUUUUGGAAAUGUUAGUUUUGUGGUUCCUGGAAUUCAUCCAUAUUUUUACAUUGGAUCUGAUGCCUUGAAUCACACAGAACAAUAUACUGAAGCUGCAGGAUCACAAGAAGCUCAAUUCUAUACUUUGCGUACAGCGAAAGCUCUGGCAAUGACUGCGUUGGAUGUUAUUUUUAAACCAGAGUUGUUAGAAAGAAUCAGAGAGGACUUUAAAUGGAAACUUCAAGAAGAAGAGUUUUUAAAUAGAGUAGAAUAAAAGGAAGAUUUAGGAGCCACAUAGGGAUCAUUGAGGAGAAGUGAUGAUGUUUUUUUCUUCAUUUUUUAAUGAAGAAGGCCAUCUUUGUUUUUCAAUCUUAAAGGAAUCAAAUUUCUCUUCCUGAAAAGUGAGGACAUGGUGUGGAGAAAACACAUGAACUCUUAGCUAAAAUUAAAAUGUUCACAAAUCUGUA